AUGGAUACCGCAGCGGCGCAGAAUCUGGCGAUCCGCAACCUGUACGCCAAGGUGGAAAAGGUCGGCGAAGGUACCUACGCCUCGGUCUUCCUCGCGCGCAACGUCAAGACAAGCCAAAAGGUGGCCAUCAAAAAGAUCAAGAUCGUCUCCAACGAGAAUGGCAUGGACGUCACCGCCAUCAGAGAGGUCAAAUUCCUCAAGGAGCUCAAUCAUCCCAAUGUGAUCAAGAUGGUGGACGUGUUCUCGUCGGGCUCGGCCUCGCCUUCCCUCAACCUGGUGCUCGAGUUCCUAGACACGAAUCUCGAAGCGCUGAUCAAGGACAAGGCGCUCAUCUUUACGCAAGCCGACAUCAAGGGCUGGAUGGCGAUGCUGUGCCGUGGCAUGGAGUACUGCCACCGCAACUGGGUGCUCCAUCGCGAUCUUAAGCCCAACAACUUGCUCAUCUCGCCCGAGGGUGAGCUCAAGAUUGCCGAUUUCGGUCUGGCACGCGAGCACGGAGACCCGGGCGCCCGCAUGACGCACCAAGUGGUGACACGUUGGUAUCGUCCACCGGAACUGCUGCUAGGCUCGCGCGCCUACUCUUCUUCUGUCGACAUGUGGAGCGUCGGCUGCAUCUUUGCCGAGCUCAUGCUUCGCGUUCCGUACUUGCCGGGCGAAUCUGACGCCGAUCAGCUCACCACCAUCUUCAAGGCGCUCGGCACUCCAACAGAGAAAGAGUGGCCCAGUCACAAGUCGCUCCCCGACUACAAGUCGUUCGAGCAGCAUCCCAAGUCAAACCUCGCUGACCUCUUCCUGGCUGCGAGUCCCGAAGCGCUCGACUUCUUGCAAAGGACCCUGCUGUACGAUCCGCUGAAGCGACUCAGCGCGAAUCAGUCGCUCCACCAUGCAUACUUCAAGCAGAGCCCACCGCCAACGCCAUUCAAGCAGCUUCCACGACAUCCGACCAAAGCGUUGGACCCCGAAGAUCCGGCUUCGCAUCCCUUGCUAUCCGACAGCAAGGAGAAGAACGAGGUGCGCGAGAAGCAGCAAGCUGACGCACGGAAUGGCGCCAACGGCAAAAAGCGGCCACUCGAUGCUAAAGAGAUCGAGGAGCGCAAGCGUCUGGCAAGAAAACUCGCUUUCCAGUGA